AUGCCUCAUCUGCGUCGACAACCCAACCCGCGCGAUCUCCCCAACCAGGAUCCAGCACAGGGGAAUCUCCGCGCCCAAUUCCACACCCCGCCAGCGCGACACACACCCUCAAACCCAACCCACCGACUCCCACCAUCAACAGGUCCAAAUGUGAUCACACCCGACGCACUCGCCCAGGCGGGACACCCCGUCCAAAUAAACCCCUUUACAAUCUUCGGCCGACCAGGAGUGGCACAACCUCCACCAGAGACAAUGGAUGACGACGAAUUCGACGAGGACUACGACCCGCGGGGGAUGGCGCAGAUAGGCGACGACGAACCACUCGACCACGACGAUUCCUUCGAGGUCGAAGACGGCACUGAAGGGCAAUACGAUGACUCCGACAUUGACGGCGAGGAACUGGAAGAGGAGGAGGUUGUCCAGGAUCACUUCGACGAGGAAGAAGACCCCGACGAGGAGAUGCACGAUCGAGAAAAGUCCCCUUCCCCUUUACCGCCGAACCUGCGUGAGAUCUCAUCUCUAGCUUCCUGGACAGUGUCGACCUCCAAACCGGGCUGCGGCGUUGCAGCCCUCCGCAACGCCUCCCCAUCCCAAUAUUGGCAAUCCGACGGCCCGCAGCCACAUACUUUAACGCUACAUUUCUUCAAAUUAGUCGCUGUUGUCCGGAUCCGAGUAUACCUCGACUUUGAACUAGACGAAAGCUACACACCUACGAAAAUGAUCUUCGCCGCCGGGAUGGGUGGCAACGAUCUAGUCGAGUUCGCAACAUGGGAAGGCGAUGGCCCAUGCGGGUGGGUAGAUGUACCAUUAGAAGGGGUUGGCGGACGAAACGGCGGCUGGGUACAGAAUGACGCGGGAAGAAGGAAACGUCGGUCGACGAGUUUGCGGCGACGGCGCCGAACUACGUACCGGAACUGUGACAAUACAGACCCUGACCACGAACAUAAUGAAGACUGUGAUCCAUUUUACGAAGAUGAAGACGAGGAGGGGGAUAGCCAGGACGACCAGGAUGAUCCUUAUUCGGGGAAUGUGCUUAAGGCUAUGGUCAUCCAGAUGCGGAUUAUGGAGAAUCAUCAGAACGGGAAGGAUACGCAUGUUCGGGGCUUCCAGGUUUUUGCGGCUGAUGAUAGUCGACGUCGGGUCCUUGCAGCGCCUUCUGCUUCUGCUGAUGUGAGGCUGAGGCGGCCUUCGCUUCGUGCUUCUCAUGAUCUGCGUGGGCGGGUGAGCGAUGGUGUUGAUACGGAGAGGUUGACUGCGCCUUCUGGUCUUGAUGAGCCGGAUUGGAUGGGUGAGCCGGUGAUACGAUGA